GAAUGCACUGAUAGGUCAACCACUUUAAACUGGAUUCGUUGAGCGCGCAGUUCAUUGGUGUACAGUACAGAGCGUCUGCACGCACCAGCGGGAAAAGCCACAACAUAUAAUUUGCUGUAAAGUACAGCAGGACAUCCGCGUGACGUCUUCUUUUACUUACUUUUUUCUUGCCACUGAAAUUUGCUACAGUGAUUGUUGACAAGGUCGUAUUCAAAUAAAAGAUCCCGCGGAGAGCAUGCACACUUUUUUUCAUCUUUUUUUUUUUUUAACCGCGCACUGGAGGCGUGAAGCUCGCGCUUCUGACAUUCUCUCCUGCAGUAGCUCUUCUCCAGCGAGCCCUAAUGACAUCACCCAGACACCGCGGAGGAAGAAAACUUUUUUUUAAGUGUGUGUGUGUGUGUGCGUGCAUGGAAGCGCGAUGUUUUAAUACCACCGACGUGUUUGAGCAGAUCUUUUAAUUGGAGCAUAUAACGCAGAGCAAAUUCCGUGGGAAUAGUUUGUUUUGCAAACACUGGAGAGCACUGACUCCGCCAAAAGGCCCUUUCUCAAAGAACGCAACUUUGUGUAGCCUACUUCGAGUUGUUGUUUGUAGCCUACUGUCUGUGUUCUCGACAUGGAGUAGCUCGGAAGCGCUGUUCCUUGACUCGGUUUCUCGCUUAUGGACGACUGUAGUCCCCUUUCAACGAAGGCAAACGCUUUCAGUAUUGCCUGUCUGAUUUCAGCGAGGGAUCAAGCGGGAAACACAGCGUUUGACAAACACGCCACUAGCCUGGACAAGCAAGUGGUGCAAAACUGUUCCGGAUCCAUUAAAAUGCAUUACAGCACAGUCACGCGGGAGAUGGAAGCAAUAUCAAGCCCGUGGCUGACGCAGCUGUCCCAUUUUUGCGAUGUUGCAGCCUUCACGACCAGCAGCCUGAGCAGUCUCAAUACGCCUGGGAGUUACCAUCUCUCUCCUUCCCCUGGGGAUCCAUACAGCCACCAUGAAAGCCAGUUUGAGCCGUGCCCUGCAGCCCAGCACGGCUACAGCUAUCCCGGAUCCAACCCGGCGCAGGCGGACACCGGAGGGUCCAGCUGCUCCUCGUCGUCGUCAAGCUCAACGCCGAACAAAACGCUGGUGAAAAAGAACCCUAAAGUAGCCAAUAUUAAUGUACAUUUGGAAAUGAAGGCGCUCUGGGAUGAAUUCAAUCAACUUGGGACUGAAAUGAUAGUCACGAAAGCUGGGAGACGAAUGUUUCCUACAUUUCAAGUCAAAAUAUUUGGAAUGGACCCAAUGGCAGAUUACAUGCUCCUGAUGGAUUUCCUACCAGUGGAUGAUAAACGAUACAGGUAUGCCUUCCACAGUUCAUCGUGGCUGGUGGCUGGGAAAGCUGAUCCAGCGACUCCGGGAAGAGUGCACUAUCAUCCCGACUCACCAGCCAAAGGAGCGCAAUGGAUGAAACAGAUCGUUUCCUUCGACAAACUCAAACUAACAAACAAUCUACUGGACGACAACGGACAUAUCAUACUGAACUCAAUGCACAGAUACCAGCCCAGAUUCCACGUGGUCUACGUGGAUCCUAGGAAAGACAGUGAAAAAUACGCCGAGGAAAAUUACAAGACCUUUGUUUUCGAGGAGACCAGAUUCACCGCCGUCACAGCCUAUCAAAACCACAGAAUAACGCAACUGAAAAUCGCCAGCAAUCCGUUUGCCAAGGGCUUCAGAGACUGUGAUCCGGAGGACUGGCCCAGGAAUCACAGGCCGGGCUCUCUGCAAAUCAUGAGUGCAUUUGCUCGAACCAGGAACCCCAUGUCCUCUCCCCCACAGCAGAACGGCACAGAGAAAGAGGACAGCAGGAGAGAAUACGAGCGUGACCCCAGCAGCACUACCCUCCACUCGGACCCUGCUCACCAGCUGAUGUCCCGAGUCCUCAGCCCGUCCCUCCCAGUCCUUGGCAGCCUGCACACCAUGCCCCUCACAGCCGGCCCUCGCAGCCCACCGCACGAGCUACGCCUGGAAGGACACCCACAAGCCCCAGACACCCUGCACCAUCAUCCAUACAAAUACCCAACCACCUACGAACACUAUCUGGGUGCCAAAACCAGGCCGUCCCCGUAUCCCUCACCGAGCAUCAGAAGCCACGGUUACCAUCCUCACAUGAACCCAGCCACGGCCAACAUGUACUCUGCAACGAGCGCGUCGACUCAUUACGACUACGCUCCCAGAUAAUGACCCCAAACUGGAUUUAGAUCAAGAGCCGUUCUGAGAAAAUACAUACAAACCUUGAGUCCCAGACGCAUGAAACAUGUUGAGUUUUGGGUCGGGGACAUCUUUUGCAGUGGCUUCUAAGUAUUGGAAAGAGAAGCAGUCAUAUUUAUUGAUGGGAGAAAUGUCACAAAUGUCCUUGUAGGGCAUUAGGAUGAGCACUGUGGACCCAAAAUUAGCUCUGGAUGGACGGGCACCUGGAAACUGCAGUAUAACUAGUGUUUGGAGCAAGGAGACUUCUGCAGACAAAUAAUGCAUUACCAUGGACUGGAAUUAAAUUUUUGUGUUAGAUGCACUUUUUUGGUUGUGCUUUUAAAAAGCCAUAAAUUAUAUAUCACCCUUGAGCCAUUGAGCUUCUAGAUAGAUGGAAUAUUUGCAUGUUGCGCUGUUUUGAAGGUGCUGAAAAGUGUUUUUUUUUAAUGCUAGACCACCUUUAGCAGGUCAGUGAAGCUUGUAACGUGGCACUGAAGUACAGCAAUUCAAAUCAAUAAAUGAACAGAAUGACUGUGCUGAACUUGUAAAAUAAACACUAAAUAUUUUA